UUAACACUUACAGAAAGAGGGGCGACCUCUGGAAUUAAAUCUGGAACAGGAUCUUCUCGGAGCGCUUCCUUCUUCCUCGCCGUCGCCGUGUUUUGUUCGUAAUCUUCAAACUCUCGUUCGAUUUCUCCACAAAUCUUUGUUUCUCGAGCACGAACCGCCGCUCAGUUACGAACUCAAUUGAUCUGCGUUCAAUCUGCGGAGCUUCUGUGCAGUUAGACCUACACAGCAUUAGUUGUAGGAGGAUAAGUUAAAAGUAUGCUGAGGAGGAAGAAGAUGAAGCACUGCUUCACCUUCUUCUUCUUCUUCUGUUGAUUCAUGGCCUCCUCUCAGCACCGCUGUGUUUUCGUUGGCAAUAUACCAUACGAUGCUACUGAAGAGCAGCUAAUAGAAAUCUGCCAAGAAGUUGGGCCCGUAGUGUCUUUCAGAUUAGUUAUCGACAGAGAAACUGGAAAACCGAAAGGCUACGGGUUUUGUGAGUACAAGGAUGAAGAAACAGCUUUGAGUGCUCGUCGUAAUCUUCAAGGUUAUGAAAUUAAUGGUCGGCAGUUAAGAGUUGAUUUUGCUGAGAAUGACAAGGGUUCGGACAGAAAUAGAGAACAGGGUCGUGGUGGACCUGGUUUGGUUGCAAAUGCUGGCGGCCCAACAGCCCAUGGGGAAUCCAGUCAACAUCAACCAAUUGGUCUUCAUAUAGCAAUAACUGCUGCAGCCGUCAUGGCAGGAGCCCUUGGUGGUGCACAAACUGCUACUAAUCAGAAUAUUUUGCAGAGUGCAGCAAUGCCCAAUGAUCCUUUAACUUUACAUCUGGCUAAACUUUCUAGGAGUCAGCUUACUGAAAUUAUGUCGGGGCUGAAGGUAAUGGCUACACAAAACAAGGAUCUGGCUCGUCAGCUAUUGUUGGCAAGACCACAAUUGGCAAAAGCUCUUUUCCAGUCACAGAUAAUGCUUGGAAUGGUCACACCACAAGUGUUGCAGAAGCCUAAUUUACGGCAACCUUCUACUCAUCCUCAGCUUCCUUCGCAAGACAUUCAGCAGGGUCAGCCAUCAUCUCUUCAAAUUCAACCAGGGCUGCCCCCUCUUGCACCUAACAGGAUGCAGACUGGUUUUGUACCUAAAGUUAAAGAAACUCAAAUAUCUCUCCCGCCUCAAAAUCCUUUGGCACAUCAGUUUUCUGCAUCCCAACGGCCUCCACUCCAGUCUCAAAUUCAGCUAUCACAUGCUCUACAAGGCACUUUGACUGGGAUGCCUGGAACCUCAUCACUUCCUUCCAUAAAUUUGCAGGGAAAUUUACCUGUUAGGCAACAGGUUCAGGUGCCCACCUCCUCUUCUUUAAAGCAGCACAUGCGUCCCCCUUCUCAACAAUAUUCAGGGCAUGGUGGAGCUGUAAUUCCAGCGCAUAAUGCUCAGAUUGCUAAUCCAGAAGCUAGACCUUCUCUUUUGCCUCACCCUUCCUUGUCAGAUGCAGACUUUCAGCCCGGCCCCUCCACAGCUUACAGUGCAUCUCAGAUAGUGGGCAGUGAUGUUGAUAAACCUUCUCGAGGUCCUCUUGGUGUAGAUGGUAAAAAAACUAGCUUUUCAGGAACAAUCAAUCGCCCUGUAAAGCAGAUGAGACUAGAGGAUGGGAAAGGCAGCUCUUUCUCAGCUGGAGGCCUGAGUGCAUCAGUAGAUACCAACGGAUCUGGACAACUUGGAGUUGCUUCAGAUCCCCGUUUGGCGCCAAACUCUGAGAAACCAACUGCGAUGCUUCCUCGCGACGUCGAGUCUGCACUACUGCAACAAGUUUUGAAUCUAACUCCCGAACAGCUUAACUCAUUGCCACUCGAACAAAGACAGCAAGUUAUUCAACUCCAGCAAGCACUUCGCAGAGAUCAAAUUCGGCCAUCCUAGAAAGAGGAUUGCAGCUGAUCAAUGCUCUGCUCAGCUCCGCUCCGGGCAACCGAUGCUGGCAGGUACCAGAUUCAGCUUUAGUAGAUUGUAAAUUAUUCGGGUCCAGAAAGAUUCAGCGACAGUUUAAACACCUGUAAAAUUAUUGCUUACCGGACGGGUCGAAGGCAACGGGUCCUGCCAACCCAUAUGAGCUUCUUCAUAACAACAACAUUCAUGUAAGGUUUACAAGUUUGUGAUUUAUAGUGAUAAUGCCUGAAUAAUAUCAAAUGAAGAAAGGGGGGAAAAUCCAACGGUGGAGGAAUUUUGAUUUUUUAGGAUCUCUCUUUUUGGCCGCUA